AUGUCUACUCACGAAAAGGAAAACCCCAUCGCCCAAGCGGCUUCAGAAUCCGCAGACUCAGAUACACCAGGCUUCCGCCCCAAAGGAUGGAUGUACAAGACCGUCCGUAUCGCUGGCGUUGACCUCUGGUACGCCUCGCCCAAGGUCCAACUCCUCAUGGUCUCCAUCGUCUGCUUCCUAUGUCCCGGCAUGUUUAACGCCCUGACUGGUCUCGGAGGUGGCGGCCAAGUCUCCAAUGAGGCUCAGGACCACGCCAACACGGCACUCUACAGCACCUUUGCUGUCAUUGGUUUCUUCGCUGGCACUUUCGCAAACAGGCUUGGACUUCGUCUGACUCUGUCCAUUGGAGGUCUGGGAUAUUGUGUAUAUGCUGCUUCGUUUUUGUGCUAUUCGCAUACUCAGAACAUGCCCUUUGUCGUCUUCGCUGGUGCUCUCUUGGGUCUUUGCGCCGGACUUUUGUGGGCUGCUCAGGGAUCUAUCAUGAUGUCUUAUCCUCCUGAGCAGAGCAAGGGACGAUACAUCUCUUGGUUCUGGGUCAUCUUCAACAUGGGUGCUGUCAUCGGUUCUCUUAUCCCCCUUGCUCAAAACAUCAACAAGAAAGCUGGCCCCGUCUCCGAUGGUACAUACGCCGCUUUCAUCGCUCUCAUGGCCAUCGGUGCCAUCCUCGCCCUCAUGAUCUGCGACGCCGACAAGAUCGUUCGCGAGGACAACACCAAGGUUAUCGUCAUGAAGAACCCUUCAUGGAGCACCGAGAUCAAGGGUCUCUGGGAAACCCUCUCCCACGCCCCCUGGGUCGUCCUCCUCUUCCCCAUGUUCUUCUCCUCAAACAUCUUCUAUACUUACCAAAACGUCAACAUGAACCUCGCUCAGUUCAACGUCCGCACUCGCGCUCUCAACAACUUGCUCUACUGGCUCGCUCAGAUCUUUGGCGCCCUUAUCGUUGGAUACGCUCUCGAUGCCUCUAGCGUCCGUCGCAGUGUCCGUGCAAAGAUCUCUCUGGUCGUCCUCUUUGUUCUGACCUUUGCUAUCUGGGGUGGUGGCUAUGCCUGGCAGAAGGAUCAGCGACCUCGUGAGAUCGCCAUGAACCCUGCCAACGAGGAUGACAAGAUUGACUGGGACGACGGUGCUCACAAGUUCCUUGCUCCCAUGUUUCUCUACUUCUUCUACGGCUUCUUCGAUGCUGCUUGGCAGACUUGCAUCUACUGGUAUAUGGGUGCUCUCUCCAACUCUGGCCGCAAGACAGCCAACUUUGCUGGUUUCUACAAGGGUAUCCAAUCCGCCGGUGCAGCCAUCUUCUGGCGUCUCGACGGCCUCGGCAAGCCAUUCGACACCAUCUUCGCCGCUACAUGGGCCUGCCUCGGUGCUUCGCUCGUCAUUGCCGCCCCCGUCAUCUUCAUGAAGAUCCAGGACUCCGUUUCGGUUGAAGAGGAUCUUAAGUUCAGCGACGAGAAGAUCGAGGACGUCAUUGUCGCACCUACAGAUAAGAAGAUCGCCCUCACAGAGGCGUAG